AAAUUCCUUUCUCUUUCACCCUCUUUAUUAUAAAUAACGACGAUAGAUAAGCAUAAUAUUAAUUACAUACAUACUCAAAUUUAAAUUCUAUCACCUAAACGCGUUUCCUUCUCCCUCCCCCAUUUCUUUUUACUAUUUGAAACAAACAAAACAAAAAAAAAGAGCCAAGUUAUAUUCACAUACACAUUUAUAUACAAAUAUACAUAAAGAGACGACAUGGAAAAUAAUACCAACACGACAGAAGAAAAUGCAACUAGACAAAGUUCUAAAUUUUCUUUAGAUUCUUCGCCUUCUAUAUUAAGUGCUGAUGACCAACUAGAAGGUGAUGGUCCUUUAACUCCUACUGAUAAAAUGGAAGACGACGUUGAAGAUGAGGAUGACGACGAAGUACCCAUUAAACAUGCUAUCGAUGACGAUGACGACGAUUUAUCUGCCUUAAAUAGUAUCUUACAAGCUGGCUCUCCUGGCUCUUUAUCGGAAGAAGAAGAAGAAGAAGAAGAGAAUGAUAUAGAUGAUCUGCAUCAGGAUUCCGCAUCUCCACUUUCUUCUAUACCUGAUGAUUUUCCUCUCUCUCGAUCACCUUCACCUGAAAUACCUCAAGAAGAAGAGCUUGAAUUAGAAAAUAAAAUGAAAGAAGAUUAUACAGACAAUACAGAGACUAAAAUAAAAAAAGAAAGAAGGAAGAAGAGGAUGAUGAAGAAGAAGAAGGAGAGGAAGAGGAUAAAGAAGCUCUGA